AUGAAUGCGCUCAUCCUAGUCGGGGGGUACGGCACGAGGUUAAGACCGCUCACCCUGACGACCCCCAAGCCGUUAAUCAGCUUCUGCAACAGGCCAAUUCUGGAACACCAAAUCUUUAACUUGGCACGAUGUGGAAUUAAAGAAAUCAUUUUGGCCAUAGCUUAUAAACCCACACACAUAAUGAGCUUUGUGGAUGACUUGGAAAAAAAAUACAACGUUAAAAUUAUUUUCUCCAUUGAGGAGGAGCCCUUGGGCACGGGGGGGCCAAUAAAAUUGGCGGAGAAGUAUUUGAGCAAGUACGACGAUUUUUUUGUGUUCAACUCGGACAUUAUAUGCUCCUUCCCCCUGCUGGAGAUGAUGAGCUUUCACAAGCAGAGCAGUGCGCCGCUAACCAUUUUGGUGAAAGAAGUGGAAGACCCCCGCGCCUUCGGAGUGGUCAUAACGGAAGGCAAUCGAAUUACGAAAUUUGAGGAGAAGCCGCAAGUCCCCAAGUCGAGCCUAAUAAAUGCAGGAAUUUACAUACUGAACAGAGAAAUUUUAAGUCGCAUUCCGGUGAGGAACACGUCGCUCGAGAAGGAAAUAUUUCCCCAGCUAGCCAAUGAGAACAUGCUGUACUUUUACAAAUUAAAUAAAUUUUGGGCCGACAUUGGCAAGCCGCUGGACUUUUUAAAGGGACAGGCGUUGUACUUGGAGGACUUGGAGGAGAGCAGGGAAAGGGGCAGAGAAGGUGACGUAGCGGGGGAAGCAACUACAGCAGAGGUGACCGCGACAAAGCCCAUCAGUGAGGAGCCCACCGAAGCGACGCUCACCACAGAGGGGUCCAUCGAAGAGGCACCCAUCAUGGAGGAGUCCAUCCUGCGAGACCACUUCCUCAUAUGCUACGGCAUAACGGACAAGGAGAAUAGUGCAAAUAAUGGCAUCAAGAAAAACCUGUUUAUAACAUUUGAAGACAUGAACGAGUUGGAUGAAUUCGCCCAUAGGAAGAGCCACCUCUUCGAUGAAAUCCUUGCGCACACAAAGGUCGAGGGAAAUGUGUUGAUUUCUUCCAAAACGAUCAUAGAAAAAAAUUGCGUCUUGGGAGAUAACGUCGUUCUGGGGGAAAACGUCACCAUUGGGGAGGGGUGCCGCAUCAAGAACUCCUGCGUCAUGAGCAACUCCACCGUCAGUUCGUACUCCUACAUUGAGAACUCGAUCAUUGGGUCCAAGUCGAGGGUCGGGAGCUGGUCGCGCAUCGAGGGGCUGUGCGUGCUGGGCGAGAACGUCGUGCUGAAGCCCGAAAUUUUCGUCAACAAUGCCUUCAUCCUGCCCUUCAAGGAGGUCAGCAGCUCCAUAUACGAGAAGGGCGCGAUCAUCAUGUGA